AUGGCAAAACUGCAAGGAAAGGUUUAUUUAGGAUUUGAAGAAGAAAUAGUAGGCGACAAAAAUCAGACGCUGGUUAACUACGCUGUUAACAAAAUUGGUGGAUUUCCUGACUGGCCACCACUGGCAAACCUUCAGUUCAGUUCAAAAUGCCCUUUGUGUGGAUUACACAGACUGUUAGUGGCUCAAUGUUAUGCACCACUUGAGAACUCUAUUUAUCAUCGCACCUUGUAUGUUUUCGCCUGUAUAAGCCCUAACUGCUGGACCCAGUCAGAAAGCUGGACAUGUGUAAGAAGCCAAAUACAAGACAAAAGCUCAACUGUAUCAACUGCUGUAAUGAUGCCCACCACUGGUACCAAUGUGACUUGGUGUGAUGGAGCAGACGAAUGGGAUGAAAAUGAUAAUGACACUGCAAAUGGAAACUUCAUGAAUGUUGACAAUGCUCCUAGUCCCAAAAAUGGCAUACAAAGGAAUUCGGAUGAAGAAGAAGAGAGCAAUUCCUUUGAAUUGGAGUCUGUAGAACAGGCUUUUGGGAACCUACAAAUGUUUGAUGCACACAAUGCCAACAUGUCGCCUGUCCAAGGUGCAGUUGGAGCUAUUGGGGCACCAGUUGCGGCUGCAGAGUUGGAAGGUGGCGAUGAGCCAGGACUGGUGACUGUGGAUUCUCCUACAGCACCCACUAAUGACGUACAAGCAUUGCUACAUCAGACUGCAGAACUGCCGCCCGAUUUACGAAGUCGUCUUAUGUGUGGACCACUCCAAUUUGUUUCGAAGUUUAUUUACGUUGAAGAAGAAUGGAAGAAAUCCUCCAACAAUGAUGAUAGAAUUUCCGAGUUACUCAAUAAAUAUAAACGGGAAAAUGCUGAAAUCGAGAUGAGCAGCGGCGAGCGAGGUGGAGGCGGUUCCGAAGACGAGCCGUACGAAGAUGCCACGCCGUUGCACGGAGACAAACUCUUCCACGCCUUCCUAACUCGCUUGAGGAAGAAUCCUGGGCAGAUUCUCAGGUAUUCUCGAGACGAGCCUCCCCUGCUCGGCGCCCCAUUGACGAACACAGCCACCAGUCCCGAAUCUCCCUACGUACCCACCAUUUGCACCCGAUGUGGCGCCCGGCUGAUAUGUGAAUUACAACUGGUACCAGAAUUUGCAGAGACACUUUGUCUUCUUCCUAAUAACAUUUCGCUCUCGCAUCUACACUUCCUGUCUGUAUUAAUCUUCACAUGCUCGCAGAGUUGCUGGCAACCAACAGACACUCUAGUCACAGAAACCGUUGUCUUCCAACCUGAAGUUGUAUAAUUCUUCCAGCGAGUUUAAAAUUUUUUGGGAAUUAUUAAUGCAUGCUGUGACUUCCCCACCGUAACGACCGAGAAAUUAAAGUUUACCGGCCAGGUAAGAUAAAUGAAUUUAAAACUGUAUGCUUUACAAAAUUGAAAUUGUCCUUUUUGAUUUACAGCGCUAGACUGCGUAACACGUACUUUGCGGAGAUAUGGUACUGUAAAGACAAACAAUUUAAAAUUUUUAUCUAAGCUGGUGGACUAACCGUUUCGACUAAUAAAAAUUAGCCAUAAUCGCAAUAAAAUUAAUUGUCCAAUUAUGUCGAAUAAAUUCGUUUUGUCGUCUUAUAUUGUAAUUUAUCUGUGAUCUUAUUUUCUUUACAAUAAUAUUCAAGUGUUAUUAUAUAUUGUUCAAUAAGUGCACAUGCAUUAUAGGCUUUGAAAUAAAUUAAGCAAUUAUUCUAGAGAUUGUAGAUGCUAUAGUCUUAUUCUUAAUAUGUUGGAGAUUUAUAUGCUUAAGGAUUCGAGAUAUGUUGUAAAGAAACUGCCAGAUAUAAGUAAGUCGUGGUGUUAAGAGUUACUAUAAUAAUUUUAAUGGUUUUGGGAAACUCACAUCCCAUUAUAAUUUUAUUUAAAAAUACAGUCAAUGAAAUGAAUUUAUAUCUAAUUACUACAUUUUAUACUUAUAAUUUUUUUGUGAUGGACGUCUUUACUACAUGUUUAUUUCUUUUGAUAUAACUCAUAUUGCCCGUCUUUUGGCGAACUGUUGUAACAAUGCAACGUGUCACAUCAAUGUAGUUUCGUUUGAUCAUUUCACAUCUUUAUUAUACUAUUAAUACAGAGUGGAAGUGAUGGGUUACCGAAAACGAAAUAGGAGGUGGAUUCAUGAUUUUUAUUUGAAAUUUUUUUGGAAUAUUCUAUUUUUUUUUUUCAUUAAUCGUUUCUUUAUAUAUGAAC